AAAAUAUUGGGUUUUUUGUAUUCCGGUUGCCAUGGUAACAAUUAAGCGUCCAAAUAUGGCAUCUCUGCUGGAUGAAAUUCUGCUUGAAACCGCUGGACAAGGUCCACCUCCCUCUAAAGAUUUCUACCAGUUUAUUAUCACACAAAAGGAGGUUAUAUGGAGGUGGUGGAAGAUUUCAGUCCGGACAGAAUUCAGAGGGACACCACCGGGAGAGAUAAAAAUGCUCCACCAUGACUUUUUGAAUGAUUCAAAGUUGCAGGAGCAGCUAGCUGUGGUGUUUGGCACCAGGAUUCUGGAGUACACUUUGGCUCUGUGUCAAGGGCAUUUUGACUACCUGGAACGUUUACCAGAUCGGCUGCUCUUUAAAAUCCUCUCCUACAUGUCCAUCCAGGACAUUGGCCAUCUCAGCCAAACCUCAAAAAGGUUUAAGAAGAUAUGCAACUCGGAGGAGAUCUGGAAGCAGACUGUGCUGGGUCAUUGCAAUAUGAUAACCCAAGACAUGGAGAUGCUGGCGAAAGCCAUGGGUUGGAAGAACAUCUUCUUCAAGUUUUAUUACAAAACAGAACAUGAGGAAGAAGAUAAAGCCAAUACUGCAUCUCCAUGAACUAUUAAAUACAACUCUCAAUCAACAGGACAAUCAAAAUGAUUUCAAAGUGUUUAUUAAUUUGCUACUUCUGUCUUUUCAUGCUUGAAGUUAUUGAAGUUUAAGAAACAUUCCAAUUCAAUCCUAUACUACUGUGCUGUGAGUGCCAAAGUAUUUAGGCAUUUUUUUUAUUUUGUAUUAUUAUUAUUCAUAAUGUUACAAAUAAAUGUUAUGUUACAAAUAAUCCAUAAUUAUUCAUUAUUUUUUAUUCAUAACUGACGUAAUUCGAAAGUAUUUUGGAUGUUUACUAAGUAUUUUUGUUUAGAAUAUGAUCAACUCAUUCACCCAGUACCAGUCUAACAUAACAUCUGACCUCUAGCUGUGACUGUUUGGCUCUUUUCAUUAACUGCAAUGUGGAAAGUGACCAGCAGAUGGCACACGUUAAUAAAGUGAGUGAAUAUGCAAAACCAAUGCAACACUUUCACUGUAUGGUUAAAAUAAAGUAGGCCUUAUUAAACAUAAAAUCACUCAGUA